AUUGAGAAGUGUGAAAUUAAAUUCGACUUCCGCCGAAGCACAGAGCAGGCAAGACAUGGCGCUGAACACCGAGAAAUCCUUGCUGCUAGUUCUACUAGCCGCCAUCUCCGUUCUUGGCCGGGCAUAUGAGCCUGACGUUAUAUCCCCGCUGGAAAUACAAAACCGCAUAGUAUCUGGAAGCAAUGCGGAAUUGGGUCAAUUUCCCUGGCAGGUCAUCCUGAAGGGAGAUGCCUGGGAUGAUCUACGUUGCGGUGGAUCCAUCAUAUCCAGCACCUGGGUGCUCACGGCGGCCCAUUGCACAGUUGGCUACGACUCCAUCUUCCUGAUGUUCGGCACUGUGCAGCUGUUCAAUGAGAACGCCCUGAACAUGACGGCCACAAAUAUUAUUGUCCAUCCGGACUACAAUGACAAAUUGCAUAACGAUGUCUCGCUGAUUGGACUGCCAGUACCACUGACAUUCACAAGCACCAUUAAGCCCAUACAAUUGGUGACCGAGUCCGAGGUAUCGAACGAUUUUGUGGGCAGAGUGGCCAUCGUGGCUGGAUUCGGAUUUACGCAAGAUGAGUAUCUGGACUACUCGGAAACACUGUUGUAUGCCCGCGUGGAGAUCAUUGAGAAUGCGGAGUGCGUGAACGUCUUUGGCAACAUCGUCAUACAGGACUCGACAAUGUGUGCCACAGGAUACAAGGGAAGCGACAUGUCCAUUUGCACCGGCGACUCUGGCGGCCCACUCAUUCUCUACAACGAGUCCACCAAACAGUGGGAACAAAUUGGCAUUAACUCGUUCGUCGCUGAGGAUCAAUGCACCGCCCGCUUGCCAUCUGCAUACGCCAGGCUCACGUCCUUCCUGACUUUCAUUGCACAGAACACAGGCAUUGCUAUAUGAAAGCAGUACAACGUUCAAUAAACUGAUUAAGACAUGGCA